AUGCAACAACAACCAUCCUUAUCUUCCUCUCAACAAGCAAAUUCCAAUCAUCGCAUUCUCAACGAUCAAGAUUUGAAAAACAAAUACAAUGCCACCUUCUCAAAAGUAUUCCAACAAAUUUACGAACCUUCCACAAACAUUACAGCUCAAGCUUUAAUUUCAUCUCUCUGUAUCAACAAUAAGAAGCGCAUUCUCGAUAUUGGAUGUGGUGCUGGAGGAUCUGGAUUUCUCAUUGCUUCCCAAAUGCCUCCCGAUUGUGAACUCUUUUGUUUAGACCUCUCUCCUGACAUGCUUCAACUCGCUCGCGAACGAUGUGACAUUCUCACUCGAGAACCCUUCUCUCGCAAGAUUCACUUUGUCGAAGGUUCUGCCGAGAAACUCCCUUUUGAGGACGAAACCUUCGAUGCCGUAUUCUCCAAUUACUCUCUGCAUGUCAUUCCAAAUCCAGAUGAAAUGUUGAAAGAAGUGGCUCGAGUACUCAAGACUGGAGGAAUGUCAUGCAUGAGUGUGUGGGGUCGUCCCGAGAAGUCUCCUCUCUUUACCUUGUUGCAGAAAGCCUCCACUGAAUGUAAGAAGAGAUUUCUGAAAGAGAAGAACUCUUCAGAAGGAAACAACAACAAGGUGUUGCAGCUGCAGAAUCCUCCACCAAGAUCUCAGUUUCACUUGUCCAAUUUGGAAUUGCUUAGAGAACGUGUAUUGAAUACCAUUCUUACUUACGGAACACUCCAUCAUGAGGAAGAAAGUGCUUCCAUGAUUCACGGUAAAAGUGUUCCAAAUAAUGGAAUAAGCACUACAACAAUAACAACAACUCUUAAACGAAAAGCCUUUUCUCAAUGUUUAGCUUGGUAUCAAUUUCAACCUUUUCAAGCCUUCAAUGCUCGUGAAUUUGCUGAAUUGAAUAUCCUCUCGCCUGAUUUUCAGCAGUGGAUUCAAGAAGAAGAAGAAGAAGGCUCUAAAGAGAAACGAACACUCGAAAUUUUGCAACUCUUGGAAGAGAUGGCUCAACAAGUGAUGAUGAUGACGAAUUCGGAACCCAUUGGAAAUGAAGCCUUGAUCGUUUGGAUGAAAAAGGAAUAA